AUGGAGAUUGAAGGGAAAAGUGAAUAUUCCAACUUAUAUUCUAUGUAUGAAGGAAUUGGGCCAUGGAGCUAUGCUGAAAACUCCUACUAUCAGAUUUUGGCUGAUCUACUGGGCCAAAUGCAUUUCUUAGAGCUUAAACUUGGAUCAGGAGAAGGACAAAGUGCUGCUGAGUUUCAAGUGUUCUUUAAUGAUCUUGUCAGCAAUGACUUCAACACUCUCUUUAAAUUAUUCCCACCUAAAAGGAGAUAUUAUGCAGCCGGAGUUCCAGGAUCUUUCCAUGAUCUCAAAGACAAAACCGCCAAGGCCUGGAAUGGUGGGAGGAUUCGCUACAGCAGUGAAAGAAGGGAAGUUUUACAGGCUUAUUCGGAUCAGUUUGCGGAGGACUUGGAGCGAUUCCUGGUUGCAAGAGCACAAGAAGUUGGUCUAGUGAGCGAGGAGGAAGUGGAUUCAUUCAACUUGCCUCUAUAUUACCCUUCAAUGAAAGAAUUGGAGGCAGUGAUAGAGAGAAUUAAUGGACAUUUUAUCACUGAAAGAAUGGAGAUACUCAAUAAUCCAUAUAGAAAUGUUAAUCCUAAGGCCAAGAUUGAACAAUCCACCAAACACCCGAGAGCUGUGUUUGAUGGAAUAGUUAGUAAACACUUUGGAAGAGAUUCCACGAGUGCAUUGUUUGAGAAAUAUUAUUCAAAAGCAGUUGCAGAGUGUUCAUUGUUAUUUGAUCGAGAAAUCCAGACACUGAAGGUUGUUGUAGUUCUUCUCAAACGUCGAGUAAUCAAUUAA